UAUGUGACGAAGGUGAUGGUUCAGUCUCUGCAGCUUCUUCAUGUGCUGCUGAAGAUGGAGCUGCAGUCUCAUAUUCUGAUGCAGAAUCCUCCGGGUUUGCCCGGCAUCGCAGUGUCCUGGCUCGUGUGCGUCCUGCGCGGCAGCAGAUUCGUCAUCGACUGGCACAACUACGGCUACACCAUCAUGUCCCUGAGCCACGGAUCCACACACCCGGUGGUCCGCCUGGCAAAGUGGUACGAACACUUCUUCAGCCCUCUGGCCUCUCACAACCUGUGUGUUACAAACGCCAUGAAGGACGACUUGCAGAAAAACUGGGGCAUCAAGUUUGAUUUUGUUUUUCACUUAUCAUGUUGUGCAGCUAUGUACAACAACAUUUAAUAAUUACAGCAAAUUUCAUUAUAAUCUGUUGAGAUAUCCUCCUCUGGACCAAAGAGUGGCACCAACAGACUGACCACCGUCAAUGAAAACACUCAGGACCAAAAACAUAAAGGACAUAAAGCCCUUGAAAAUGUCUGAAUUAUU